AUAUUUUGUCACUUUUGGGCUUUCAUGUGUGCAAAUUGUGGUGCAAAUAGGUUAGAACUUGUAUAAAAAUCUAAUAAUAUUGUGAAUAAAAGUAAUACAUUACUAAAGUUUAUUUAAAAUGGAGGAAAACGACGACACUGAUUUUGUUGCGUCAGAACAUGACCGCUUAGUGAAUGCUAUAACAAAACUAGACAAAACACAACAUAUAACAAAGCCAACGCGAAACGAACCCACAAAUGUAAACUCCGAGUUUAAUUUGGUGAAGAACUCCAACAAAUUAAGGUUGAGUCAGGUUGCGAGAGUUUUAGAAGACACUGCCCACCAUGUUAAAAUUGGAAAGCGGUUAAAGAGCAUUCAAAAGACAUCAAAAAUCCUAUCCAAGCCGCUGGAAAAGCCUCAAGCUGAGCGAGUUAAGAGAGCUACUGGUUACCAGCAAGCAAAGACUAAAUUGGGAAGGUGGGAUCCAGUUGUAGCUAGAAAUCGAACUGUGGACUUCGUUUCAUUCCCAUUGAAGAAAUUUCCAUCAAAACUUGAGCCAACUAAAGACUUUCUGUCAAAAAUGAAACUUAAAUCGCCAUUAGAACUAGAACUGGAGGAGGUUGAUCCACCUCCACCCAUGGAGCAAGAGGAGGAAGAAGAGAAAUAUCCAAUGUCUUAUGAAGAAAUGCUCGAACAGAGACAAAAUAUGGCCAAGCUGAGAGCACAACAAUCAUAUCAUGCAGCAAAAGCAAAAAGACAAAGUAAAAUUAAAAGUAAAAAAUAUCACAGGAUAUUGAAAAAAGAAAAACUAAAGCAGCAACUUAAAGAAUUUGAAGAUUUGCAAACUAAAAACCCAGAGGAAGCUUUGAAAAAACUUGAAGAAUUAGAAAAAGCUAGAGCUUUGGAACGUCACACUUUACGUCACAAAAAUACUGGCAAAUGGGCAAAAAGUAAACUUGUCAGAGCAAAAUAUGAUAAAGAGGUGAGACAGCAGCUGGCAGAACAAUUAUCUGUGAGUAGAGGCUUAACUCAUAAAACUCAAAAAGCUGAGAGUUCAGAUGAUGAUGCUGAUAAUGAUGAGAAUAUUCCAGAUAUGUCUCUUGAUCAGGAUCCUAUGAAUCCAUGGAUGUUAAAAAAAUCCAACAAACCUAAUGUUGAUGCAGAAUUUGACUUUGGGUACAAAAAGUAUCUAAAAGAUAAAAUGUACAAACAAAAGGCAGAAAGUGACUCAGACUCUGAAGAAGAACAAAUUAAUAGUGAGAAUCAAGAUAUUAACAAAUCAAUAACAUCUCUUAAGGAGAGCAUUAAAAAAUUGAGUGAUAAUAAAUCUGACGCUGAAACACAGGAAUUUCAGGAAGAAAAUACAAAAGUAACCCAGAAGACAGUGAAAGAAAAAAAGACAAAGAAAAAUAUGAAAGUUACAUCUACAUCAUCAUGGAUAGUAGAGCCCGUUGAUUCUGUAUCUUUUAAUACGAAUACCAAACAAAUCACCUCUGAAGAAAUAUCUUCAGCUUUUGAAACAUUCGAAACCAAGAUAGCUAACAAAAUACAGAGCAACAUGAAGAAAAUUAAAAAAGAAUUAAGUAAAUUAGAAAAACCAACCAAAACAAAGAAACAAAAAAAUAUGAAAAAAGAAGAUGAUUUAGAGUAUUUAAAAUUAAAUCAAAAGGCAAAAGCGAUAAUAGAUGAGAGCUUAAUAGAGACUAAUACUAAAGAAAUUGAUGAUACUGUAGAAAACACAUCAACAUCUAAACUAUCUAGAAUACUUGAAGAAACUGAGCCAGCUGCAGAAAAGGCUAAAGUUGACAUAGAUCCUACUAAAUUUAUUGAAGUUAAACCAAAAUAUUUAAAUACGAGUAUACCAAGUGGUGAAAAUGAGCUCGAUGAUUUAGAUGAUGAUGAACAAGUUGUACCAAAAGUAGAUAUUGAAGAGGUAUUUGAAGAAGAUGAUGUGGUUGCAAGUUUUCGACAAGAGAAAGAAGAAGAGAAAAAUAAAGAUAAACCUGAAGAUAUUGAUCUCACUAUGCCUGGUUGGGGAUCAUGGGGUGGUGCAGGUGUCAAGGCUCCUAAAAGGAAAAAGAACAGAUUUAUUGCCAAGCCUGCUCCCAAAUUCCCAAGGCGUGAUGAAAACAAGGGCGAUGUUAUAAUACAUGAGUAUAAAGAUCCUAAAUUAGCUGCACAUAGAGUGGCCGAUCUGCCUUUCCCAUUCACUAGUGUGAAAGAUUACGAAGCUUCUAUUAGAGCACCAAUAGGAAACACAUUUAUACCAGAACAAGCACACAGAAAACUCAUCAGACCUAGCUUAAUAACAAAGGCAGGUACUGUUAUUGAACCGAUGGAUGAAGAGGAACUUCUUGUACACAGUAAAAAAACAUAUAACAAUGACCGCGUUAUGAAAAUGUUGGGAAAGAAAUAAAAGAUUCUCUUACUUAA